GUCAUCCUCCGCCGCGGUGUGGACAUUUGAAUGAGAAACAUGGAAGUAAAAUGAUUUUAUUCACGACAAAUUUAUUCUGGACUGAAAUAGUUUUAUCACGUUUGACUGUAACAACUUAGGAGACGCAAGCUUAACCGACAAACGCUAUGGAUGACUGUGCUAUUUUCACCUACGCUGAUAAAGAUUUUGUAAAUACUGUUUCUUCGCCAAAUAAAAGCAGGUCCAGAUUUGACACCGCUCUGCGAUCGGGAUGGGCUGAAAAGAUGGACGCUGGGUUGUUUCGGUACCAUCUGGGUGAUCUGGAGACACGGAUCCUUCCUGGUCCGUGUGGCUUCAUCGCUCAGCUGAACAUCAUGAGAGGCACCGAGAGACGAAAACCGCAGGAGAUCGUGAGCAUCCGACAAAACUUUGAUCCGAACCUGUUCAAUUUCAACAAGAUCAACCCGAAAGAGCUGCUGUUUGAAUUACAGAAGGUUAAUACUGAAGCAACAAGUGAAGUAAGAUGUCCAAAAAUGAGAUGCAAAAUCAUAAUAAACGUGAGUCCUUUAGAAUUCGGCCACUGUUUGUUGGUUCCCGAGCCGGAUCGUUGUCAGCCCCAGAUACUGACACCUUUGGCGGUGCAAAUUGGGAUCGAGGCGGUUCUGCUCAGUGCUGAUCCAGGUUUCAGAGUCGGGUUUAACAGCCUAGGUGGUUUUGCUUCCGUCAACCAUCUCCAUCUCCAUGGUUAUUACCUAAACCAUCAACUGAGACUUGAGAGCUCCCCGACGGAACACAUUCUCCUCAAGAGUAACCUCUACCGCCUGGUGGACUUUCCAUCCGGGUUUCUCUUUUACACCCAGGGUCCAGAUCUGGGUUUGACUGUCAGUGCUGUAUGUAAACUCACUGAUAUCAUGGUUGAUAAGAACAUAGCACAUAACCUCUUCAUCACCCGAGGUUGCCCGCCAAACAGGGAGGGUGACCCGUCAUCAGCCCGAAACGGCGUAAGGAUCGUUAUAUGGCCCAGAUUGUCUUGUUUUGGGGUAAAGGAAGAGUCUGCUUUCAAUGUGGCCCUAUGUGAACUCGCAGGGCACCUUCCUUUUAAGAACAGAAAGGACUUUGAAACUAUUACUGAGGAUGAAGUCAAAGCUAUCAUCCGGAAAUAUCUGCUGUCUGAAGAAGAAUUCAGUAAAUUGCAAAUGCAUGUCAUGGAAACAUUAUAGACUGUCACAAAGUAGCAUAAUAGAUAAUAAAUGUUAAUGUAACUUAUUUAUACUGUGGUGCAGGCAUCAAAUUGUGCAUUAAAUUCAUGUUUACUUUAUAUAAUGUGGCGUAUUUUUUAUACGUACGUGGUUA